AUGACUGGGCAGUUCAUAGUGGGUGUGCAGCUGCAUCCUAAGCAAACCAAUAAGGCAAUUAGGUUGUGUUGUGUCCGUAGUUAUGUAGUAUCUGAAAUGAAAAGAGAAACAACCAUUAGAAGUCAGGAGUGUGUUUUCCAUGAUCAACAGGGUAUGUUCAUUCAUGUACACAUACCUAAGGACCUUGUGGGGAAAUAUAAGGACAUAUUCGUGGAAGGAAAAGUAGGUCUUAGGAACUUCUUAUGUAUCACAAACUUUUUCAAAUACAAGACAAAUGUGAUUGGGCGUGUGGUUGAGAUUUAUUCUCCUGUUGAGAAGGUCAUAGCCGGUAAACUGAGUAGGCUAAUUGAUUUUGUGCUUGAAGACACUNUAUGUAUCACAAACUUUUUCAAAUACAAGACAAGUAUGCUUCGUUACAUGAUAAAAUUCAAGCAUGACACGCUUGUGAAGGAGUAUAAGCGUGUUAAUUUCCCUAAGACCAUGUUUCGAUUCAAGAGUUUCGAAGACAUACUUUCCAAAAAAGAAAUUGAUGAGAAAAUGUUAAUAGAUGUGAUUGGGCGUGCGGUUGAGAUUUAUUCUCCUGUUGAGAAGGUCAUAGCCGGUAAGGUUGAGAUUUAUUCUCCUGUUGAGAAGGUCAUAGCCGGUAAACUGAGUAGGCUAAUUGAUUUUGUGAAGGUCAUAGCCGGUAAACUGAGUAGGCUAAUUGAUUUUGUGCUUGAAGACACUAGUCAAAGACAAGUAAAGUGUACCUUGUGGGAUGAUCAUGUUGAUGAGCUAAGCCCGUAUUUUAACUCUGCUGUUGCUGAUCUUCUCAUACUGUUGAUUCAGCUGUGCUGGGCUAAAAUAAUGGACAAUGGUGAGGUGCGAAUCUGCAGCUCUUUCGACGCCACGCAGCUGUUUUUUAACCAUUCGUGUAAGGAGUUUAGGGAACUAAGGAACAGCUAUAACACCAAGCUGACACCACUGCGAUGUAUCCAAUCUAGCAGCAGACUGUGUGGUGCUAAUAUGGACUUUAGUCAGGGCAGUAAUGAUUUGGUGGUUACUCAGAUUGAAGAAAUUUACAGCAAAAAGAAUCUUAGGGAGUAUUGGGUUGCGGGUCGUAUUGUUGAUGUAGAGAGUGUGGUAGAUUGGUAUUAUGUGUCUUGCAAGGAUAACUACUGCAAGAGAAAGCUUAUUGAGAAGGGUGGAAUGAUGGUUUGUGGUGGUUGUAAAACUUCUUGGCAUGAGGGAGUCGUAAGAUAUAAAGUAAUAGUUCGUGUGGCUGAUGAUACUGGAGAUGCCCCGAUGCUGAUAUGGGAUCGUGAAUGCUCUGAUUUGGUCGGUGUUUCUGCGUCUGAUUUAUUGGCUAAAUACCCUGAGGGGAAUAAAGGAAUUCCCCCAGAGUUGGGAUGUUUACGUGGAUUGUCAAUGCUAUUCAGAAUUCUCAUGAAAAAGGAUCAGGCUGAGAGUUACUACUCAGCCUUCACAGUUCUUAGCAUUUGCAGAGAUGAAAAUGCUCUUGCCCAGCAUUGUUCAAAUCUGUUGGGAAGCAGUGAAAGAGAUGGAUUUUCUGGUGAUGGGCAUUGUGUUUCUGGGGAUUUCUUUUCUUCUGAUGAGGAAGAUUGUGUGGCAAUUGAGGAGGUUUCUCAGGGCUCUGGUUUAAAAAAGGUGACUGGUUUGGAAGAUUUUGAAGAGGGGUUUGGUGUGGAUGGUGCUGAUGUAACUCUGAAGAGAUCCCUAUUGAAGGACUUUCAUCGUUGUGGCAGUUCUAAGAAAAGUAAGGGUAUUGCUGUAAACGAAGAAAAGUAG